AUGAAUGAUAAAAAAUGUUGUGUUUGUGGUGAUCGAGCCGUCGGAAAUAAUUUUAAUGCACUCACGUGUGAAUCGUGUCGUUCAUUCUUCAGAAGAAAUGCAUUUAGAGUUGAGGAGUUUCACUGUUUUUUCGACAAUAACUGUUCAAUCAAUUGGUUGACCCGAAAAUUCUGCAAAACAUGUCGUUUAAAAAAAUGCUUUGCUGUCGGUAUGAAAAAGAAUAUUGUUGACACAACUGUAUCUAAUGAACGCCAGAAAGUAUCAGAUAUACCGACACUUAUUAGAGAACUUAUAUUUAGUUUCAAUGAAUUAGAAAUGAAUCGUUUCAGAGAGUUAUUUAGUUCUGCGGUUAUGUUAAGGGAUCCGGUAUUGAAAACAAUAUCCGAGACCAACACAUAUAUGGAUUCGUUUACAGUCCUACAGAAAAGGGCUGCUCUUAAGUGUAACCGAAUUAUCAAAAUGUCUACAAAUAUAUCGGAGUUUACAAACCUGUGUGAAGAAGACAAGAUUGCUUUGUUGAAGACGGGCUGUCCUGAAGUCAUAUGUUUGCUAACUGUUGUUAAUUUUGACUUCAAUGACAAUUAUUGGACGGUUCCAGUGGUUAAUAUAAACUAA